AACCUGGCUGUUCUGCUUCGAAGGCUGCGGAACCUCUUUCCAGAGUUCAGCAGCGAGAACAGUCCAUGGCGGGGCUGGGAGGUGUCUUUGCUGGUGUUGUGAGCUCUGGUCAGGCAAUAGGACUGGAACCCUAUGCUGCUGCUUACACCGCAGAGUAAGCUCCUCGAAUCCAUUCAGAAGAAGAACGGAAAGAGAAGGAGAGAAUAAAUAAGGAGACAUGGUGAGGUCCGAUUGCCAACCCGCUGCGGGGCCCCGGUGAUGGUCGGAGUCACGGCCACAAGAAUGUGAUCGCCAAGGUUUUUCUUCCUGAGACGCACUCGACGCCGAGCGCCUGGUGCCAGAUGGAGACGGACCUGAAGCUGGAGUCCAGUGUGUUCGUGGGGAAUCAGAGGUACCGGGCGGUCCUGACGGGCUGGCAUUUCAACUGGACCGAGGUAGACAAGAAGCAUCGCGAUAAGAAAACAAUUUCAGUGCCUGUGGCCGAGGUGCUGGCAGUGGAGGAGGGCCGUGUGGAGAUCCUGCCGAAGAAGUUGGUUGAGGACAAAGACAAAGACUUCACAGUUUUCUAUGUGAAGCGCAGCAGCAGCAGGGGCUCUUCUGGGUUGCUAUGGAGACUGGGCCGGACCCAGUUCCGCUGCCCUAGUAGGGUCCUCAGAGAUCAGUGGACAAAACACCUAAGGGCUGCUGUCAAAACGCACAGUCCAUUACGCCCACAUAAACUGUUGGUGUUCAUCAACCCAUUUGGAGGAAAGAGGAAGGGAAGAAAGAUCUACCAUUCUGUGGUCGCCCCUCUGUUUGAGCUGGUUGGCAUCAGCUCUCACGUGAUAGUGACCGAGCGGGCAAACCAGGCCAGAGACCACCUGCUAAAGAAAGACCUGACAGGCUUUGACGGGGUGGUGUGUGUGGGCGGGGAUGGUAUGUUCGGGGAAAUACUUCAUGGUUUGAUUGGGCGGACACAACAAGAGUCGGGCCUGUGUGAGAAUGAUCCCGCUGUCACCUUGCAGCCCUGUCCGCUUCACAUCGGCAUCAUUCCUGCAGGGUCUACAGACUGUGUGUGCUACGCCACUGUGGGAGUGAUCGACCCUGUUACUUCAGCUUUGCACAUUAUCAUUGGAGACUCCCAGCCUUUGGAUGUGUGUUCAGUUCAUCACGCCUCCGCUCUGGUGCGCUACUCCGUGUCUCUGGUGGGAUACGGCUUCUAUGGGGACGUGCUGGCCGAGAGUGAAAAACACCGCUGGAUGGGACCUCUCAGAUAUGACUAUUCAGGGGCAGUGGUGUACCUGAGCAACAGAAGCUACAAAGGCAUCGUUCAGUAUCUACCUGCAGACCGGCCGCUCUCCAGCCCUAGAGAUAAAACACGCUGCCUCUCAGGGUGCAGUGUGUGCUCCAGAAGCACAGAAAGACUUUUCCCCCACUCCCCAGAUUCAGGAACCGUGUACAGUGCCCAGUACAGCCAGUUCAGUAAUGUCUCAGAAGGCCAGUGGGUGAGUGUGGAGGGCCGGUUCAGAUGUGUGUCUCUCACUUGUAUGUCCAGCUGCUGUCCCAAGAGUCCUCAAGGCCUCUCUCCUUCUGCUCACCUGGCGGACGGAACAGGGGACCUCAUCCUGGUGUGGGACACUAACCCACUGGGCUUCCUCAAGUUCCUCUACAGGCACACAAGCACACAGGACCAGUUUGACCUGCCAUUUGUGGAGGUCCACCGCGUGAAGGCCGUCCGUUUCUCCCUCGCUUCUGGGGAAGAGGAGGACACAUAUGAAGAGCUUGCAGGGCAGGGCAGUGUUGGGAUGGAUGAAGAGGACAGAGGAUAUGUUGAGACUGUGAGCAGGAGUAGCUCUCAGCAGCAGCUGGCAGCGAUAGGCACGAGGCGACAAAUGACAAAAGAGCUGAAAACACCCUCCCCCUUCCUGUGUGGCCUGUGCUGCAGCAAAUCUCCGCCUGUGUCGGUGUGGAACUGUGACGGAGAGAUCCUGCCUUUCACUGAGAUCGUCUGCAGGAUUCACUGCCAGUUGGUGCGUCUGUAUGCCAGGGGCAUCGAGGACGGCACAGCUGCACACAACUGCAGUGAAGAAAGCGACAAGUGUGAAAGGAGGUGCAUCCUGCACUAGUCUCACCUAUUUGAGAGAAGUUCAUUUAUGAAUUUACAGACUUGCAGUCUUUCCAAAGCUAAUAUUUCAGGGACUUUAAUAGGUUUUUAUCAUUGCAGUGAUGAAAAAAGAUUAUUUAUUUAUAUGUCAGUUUGUUUGAAAGAUGCUCUUUUAAACAAAAUUAAGGAACACUACAUUAGCAUUUUUUCUGCACAAAUCGACUGUAUACUAUGUGUAUGUGUGUGUGCGUGCGUGCGUGUCGAUGCAGUUUUUGUUCUGUAUAUUAUGUGUUCACUUGAGCUUCCAGUGAAUAAGAUCAGAAUGUCAAAGAAAUAAAAGACUUUUUAUACAGAC